AAUAGUUAAAUCGAGUUUAACGAAAGAUUCAGAUCCUUAUUCUUCUCCACCGGAUCUCGAAAUCGGAGAAUUAGCUAAACGAUGGCCGCCGACGGAAUAUUCCGCAGCAUCUUCGAAGGUUGUAUCUCCGGCCUUGAUUCCGCCAUCGAGCGGCGUCCUUACCACAAAAACUGCGGAUGUGCUCUCCACGAUAAAUCAAGCGGCGCUGGGAAAAAUCAAAAUCAACGACGGCCGCCGUCUUGUCGCCGCCACGGAAGCUCAGAGAGCAUCUCGUUCCCGAUCCGACGGUCUUGGAGCGAAGGCAACAUCAUGGCUAUGAAUCUCUUCUCCUCAUCGUCGUCUUCUUCUAAUCUCCAAUCGCUUUCUUCGUCUUCUUCGCUCUCAAAUCUGGCAUCAGAUUUACCGGUGGAUGAUGCUGCGACGGAGGAAUCGAGCAGAUCUAAUAAGCAGCUACGAUGGACGAUCGACGAAGAUGAUUGAUGAUUGAUGAUGAUGAUCAAUUCCAGGUUGUUAACUUUUGCUAAUCUCUGUUUAAUUAAUUUUCUUAAUAAUUGUAUUUGAGGACA